AUGGCUUCAUCCGGACAGUCAUCGCAAGAUCAGACCGAUCGAGUCGAAGAGACUUCAAUCUGGCAUCCGGCCCAGGAAUGGCCCGACGAGGCCAAUGAUACCACAGAGCCGGAGUACCAGCCCAGUCAAUCACGGUCCGGCGACGAUGAGUGGGAAGAUGAGACGGAUGAAGAGGCUCACUUAACGGCCUCGGAAUCCAACGAGAUCGAUAUUGAUAACGUACGGUUCAGCAAUGUUCAGGGAAAUACAAUACAUAUAAAUGUUGGUGGCAUCCGGGUCGAGUUUAAUACGGAGGAUAUCGAAGCGGACGAGAACGCAGGCGCCAAUGAUGGAAUUGUAGUCGGAGAAGAUGGACAGACCAACCCCACAGUCGUUUCGAGAUCUAGCAUUCUCCAAUUACUCGCCACGUCGGGUCUGGGUGAUUUUUUUUGUGCCCAGGGCUGGUCACUAGGCCCGCAACAAGACAUCAUCGGCGAAGAUGACGAGGAUGAAGAUGUUGGUUUUUUCAAUAACCAUAUGAUGAGGAGGGGCGGGAGACGAGGCAGGCCGAAAUUUGAAUGGCCAAAGGUACCCAGUGACAAGGGCACGCAAUUGAUGAAUUCUGGCCAUUUUGGUACGAAUCCCUAUUACGUGGAUCGGAUCAAAAAGCGCAAACAGGCCUUUGCAUCUAAUCUCAUGUGGCGGGAGCUGGGUAUUGGCUCGCAUGGAUUACGCAUGAGAACGGACCAGUCAAUCUUUCAGGUGAAUGACUUCUGCCCCGAUCACGCUUCAAUUGCAAAAGCUGAUAGUGAAAACUACAUGCAGAAUAUGUUGCCUGGAUCUCAGGCAGAUAAGAUCAUCCAUUAUGACUCACGGAGCUACUCUGGACAGUUUUCAGAUGACGGAAACUUCUUCUUCUGCUGUGAGCAGGACUUCAAAGUCCGGAUGUACGAUACCUCGAAUCCGUACGAAUGGAAAUACUACAAGACGGUUGAAUAUCCAUUUGGUCAGUGGACGAUUACAGACGCCUCACUCAGUCCCGACAAUCGGUUUCUGGUGUACAGCUCGAUUCGAAGUGCCGCCUAUUUAGCACCCACAGACCCAGAGGAUGACACGUAUCCGAAUAUUCUGGACUUCUCAAUUGCGCCGGGCCAUACCCGCCAGCAUGUUUCCGAAAGCUCGCGAUCACGCUUCGGUAUCUGGUCACUCCGAUUUUCAGGAGACGGCCGCGAGAUCGUCGCGGGCACCUCGGAUGAUUCAGUGAUCGUUUUCGAUUUGGAGACACGAACACCCGUGCUGAGUCUGCAAGAUCGACACCAACAUCAUGUCAAUGCGGUGUGUUUUGGAGACACCUCAUCUCCGCACAUUCUUUACUCUGGAUCCGACGAUACAACGCUGCGUGUGUGGGAUCGCCGAUCGAUGGCCGAUGGGCGCGAAGCCGGUGUCUUCAUGGGUCAUACCGAGGGACUCACAUACAUCGACAGCAAGGGCGAUGGUCGCUACGUGCUCUCAAACAGCAAGGAUCAAACCAUGAAGCUUUGGGACCUGCGAAAGAUGAUGUCGGCCUCCAAGGCCGACGAGAUUAACACAUAUGCAUACUCGACUGAAUUCGACUAUCGCUUUGAAGAGUUUCCGGAGUCUCAUCGGGAAGCGCAUCCGGACGAUCGAUCGAUAGUCACCUUUCACGGUCACAGGGUUCUCAAAACGCUCAUCCGCUGUCAUUUCUCUCCGCCGGGCAGCACCAACUCGCGCUAUGUCUACACGGGCAGCUCGGAUGGCCAGGUAUAUGUGUAUAACAUGGAUGCCACCCUGGCCGGUACUAUUGACGUCCGGUCAGCCACCAUGAACUCGCGCCCGCGUGGGCCAGAGACCCUCGCCAACGUGUGGGACAUGGGUGGAGACUCAACUUGGAGAACUUGUGUUCGCGAUGCAAGUUGGCAUCCCAAUGUUCCAAUGAUAGCAGCGACUUCAUGGAAUGGAUGGGGUCUGUCUACAGGAACUUGCACCGUCCACUCCUGGAAUGACGGAGCCGAUAUUGACGAAGGUGAUCCGCCGAUCGGUCGGAAUUUCGAUCACAAAUUGAGAGCGCUCCCUCGGUACAACAACUACCGGGCCAAUGCUCCAUCUGAAGGCGCGCAACAACGUACACGGCGACCUCUUCGCAGUCGGCCUGUAGCUCGGAUGUACACCGACGACUCCGACGAGGAAACUAGUGAAUGGUGA